AUUUUCUUAAAAACCAUUUUUUAUUUUUCAUAAUUUUUUUUUAAAAUAAAAUUUACCGGAUCUGAACCCUUAAACCUUUAAUCUUUAAAAAAUUCAAUCUUUUUGAAACCCCAACUGAUUUUGAUUGUUUAUGUGAGCUGGGUUUCCGUUAAAUAAGAGAAAACAAGUUUCUUUCUUAUUUUCUUUUACUGUUUUACAGCUGAGUUUUUGAAGUAAUGUCCUGAAUUUUGUGGAAAUAAUGGCCUCGAAAGGUCCAAGGUCUAAAAUUGAUCAUGAAUCGAGGGCUAAACGCCAAAAGGGACUUGAACCGCCCAAAGAACCAAGGCGUCCGAGAACACAUUGGGACCAUCUUCUUGAAGAGAUGGUAUGGUUAUCGAAGGAUUUUGAAUCCGAAAGAAAAUUUAAAUUGGCUCUGGCAAAGAAAGUUGCCACAAGGGCUAGCAAAGGCAUGGUGGAUCAGGCCACAAGAGGAGAAAGAAAAGUGAAGGAGGAAGAGCUCCGGAUGAAAAAAGUAGCACUCAAUAUUUCCAAGGACGUGAAGAAAUUCUGGACGAAAAUUGAGAAGCUGGUGCUAUACAAGCAUCGGUUAGAGGUUGAUCAGAAGAAGAAAAAAGUACUUGAUAAACAGCUUGAAUUUCUUUUAGGGCAAACAGAAAGGUAUUCAACAAUGCUGGCAGAGAACCUUGUUGAUUCGUCUUCACUGCAGCAAGUGCCAUCAUAUUCAAAGCAAGAACAGCCAGCCACUGAAUAUAAAGACCAGACUUAUGUCAAUGGGUGUGCUGAAUCACAUAAUGAGUCCCAGUCAAAUAAUUUAGAAACUGAUGAAGACUAUAAGUCUGAAAAUGAGCCUGAAGAUGACGAGCAUACGAUCGAGGAGGAUGAAGCUCUCAUAACUGAAGAUGAACGACGAGAGGAACUAGCAGCUUUGCAAAAUGAAGUAGAUCUACCGCUUGAGGAGUUGCUUGCCCGUUAUACUGGUGGAGAAGUUACUACGGAGGGUACUCCAGGAAAGAAUGAAGAUGUAGUUGAACUAACCAAGGCACGGGAGGAUGUCACUCAGUGUAAUGGAAAUGACACUUCUGAGCAUAAAUCAAAGGAAGAGAGUCGUCCUUGUGCCGAAAGUAAUGGCAUUUUGUCAUUUCCAAAAAGGCGUUUAGAAAUCAAGGAACAUUACGUUCGAAAACGUAAACGUCUCCAAGAGGGGAAAAAGUAUAUGGAGUUAGACUUGAACGAUGAAAAAGACGAUGGCGACUUCGUAGCUGCGAAUGGAGAGGAUAAGGAUGAUGAAACAACCUUAUUGGAGGAAGAAGAACUUGCGAAGGCUGAACAUGAUGAUUCAGUUGAUGAGAUUGCAUUAUUGCAAAAAGAGAGUGAGAUUCCAAUUGAGGAUUUGCUUGCAAGGUAUAGGCAGGACCCUGAUACAAAUAGAAGCACAGAUGAUGGUUCCGAGUCUGAAGGUGCAUCUGUGUCUGAAAAUUUGUCUAAUACUUCUAUACAAGAAGAUCUGGAAGUUGAUUCAUCUGUGGAUAUCCAGCAUGUUUCCACAAAUGAUGUUGAUGUACCACCCGAAACCCUUACUGAACACGAAGACCAGCAAGAUAAACUGGUUGAUGAAGGUGGAGAGAAUGAGGACAGAAUUGCUGACGCUGCAGCUGCUGCCAGGUCAGCACAGCCAACAGGAAAUACGUUUUUGACAACCAAAGUCCGGACAAAAUUCCCAUUUCUGCUGAAGUUCUCUCUUCGCGAGUAUCAACACAUUGGGUUGGACUGGCUAGUUACGAUGUACGAAAAACGACUUAACGGGAUUCUUGCAGAUGAAAUGGGCCUUGGAAAAACCAUCAUGACAAUUGCGUUACUUGCCCAUCUAGCAUGUGAAAAGGGUAUAUGGGGCCCGCAUCUUAUUGUUGUACCGACAAGUGUCAUGCUCAAUUGGGAAACCGAGUUUCUAAAGUGGUGUCCUGCUUUUAAAAUCUUGACUUAUUUUGGAAGUGCAAAAGCCCGGAAACAUAAGAGGCAAGGAUGGAUGAAGCCACAUUCGUUUCAUGUAUGCAUCACAACUUACAGACUUGUUAUUCAAGAUUCAAAAAUAUUCAAGAGAAAAAAAUGGAAAUAUUUGAUAUUGGAUGAAGCUCAUCUCAUAAAAAACUGGAAAUCUCAAAGAUGGCAAACACUGUUGAACUUCAAUACCAAAAGACGUAUCCUUUUGACCGGUACUCCUCUUCAGAAUGAUCUUAUGGAGUUAUGGUCGUUGAUGCAUUUUUUGAUGCCACAUGUUUUUCAGUCGCAUCAAGAAUUUAAAGAUUGGUUCAGUAAUCCAAUAUCGGGAAUGGUUGAUGGUCAAGAGAAAGUCAACAAAGAGGUAAUUGACCGGUUGCAUAAUGUCCUUCGUCCUUUUAUACUUAGAAGACUAAAACGGGAUGUGGAGAAGCAAUUACCUAGUAAGCACGAGCAUGUUAUUUACUGUAGACUCUCUAGGAGACAACGGAAUCUGUACGAAGAUUUCAUUGCCAGCUCAGAAACACAAGCUACUUUAGCAAGUUCUAGUUUCUUUGGGAUGAUUAGUGUUAUAAUGCAACUUAGAAAGGUUUGCAACCAUCCAGAUCUGUUUGAAGGUCGUCCCAUUAUUAGUUCUUUUGACAUGAGGGGGAUAGAAGUACAGUUCUGUUCUUCCGUUUGUACCAUUCUAGCCCCUAGUCAAUUUUCUGCGGUUGACCUCUGUGGAUUAGGGUUUGUGUUUACUCAUCUUGACUAUGACAUGACAUCUUGGGAGAGUGAUGAAGUUCAAGCUAUUGAAACACCUUCAAGAUUAAUCGAGGCCCGUGUAGAAGAGUUAGAAGUUAAAAUCAAGUCUGGGAAAAAGUCUAAUGGAUUUAAUAUAUUUGAAGAAAUUCAGAAGGCACUUCAAGAGGAUAGACUUAAAGAAAUGAAGGAACGAGCGGCAUCAAUUGCCUGGUGGAAUUCAUUGAAGUGUAAAAGAAAGCCUGUGUACUCAACGGGAUUACGUGAUAUCGUCUCCUUUCACAAUCAAAGUCAAAAUCCCGUUUCUUCUAAGCUUGCAGAGAUAAUUUUGUCUCCGGUUGAUCGAUUCAAAAAGAUGGUUGACCAGGUUGAGAGUUUUAUGUUUGCAAUCCCAGCAGCACGAGCUCCACCUCCUGUUGGAUGGUGCAGCAAAUCGGGCUCUUCGGUGUUUAUAAAUCGAGCUUAUAAGGAUAAAUGUUCAACACUUUUAUCGCCAUUAUUAACACCUAUUCGCCCUGCUAUUGUUAGAAGACAAGUUUAUUUUCCCGAUAGGAGGUUAAUACAGUUUGAUUGCGGAAAGCUUCAAGAGCUUGCAGUUCUGCUUAGACGGUUGAAAUCUGAAGGUCAUCGAGCGCUAAUCUUCACCCAAAUGACAAAAAUGCUCGAUGUUUUGGAAGCUUUUAUAAAUUUAUAUGGAUACACGUAUAUGCGGUUAGAUGGGUCAACUCAGCCGGAGGAAAGGCAAACCCUAAUGCAAAGGUUCAACACGAAUCCGAAGUAUUUCCUUUUCAUCUUGUCAACACGUAGUGGCGGUGUGGGUAUCAAUCUUGUAGGUGCAGAUACAGUUAUAUUUUAUGAUAGUGAUUGGAAUCCGGCUAUGGAUCAACAAGCUCAAGAUCGGUGUCAUAGAAUUGGUCAAACACGUGAAGUACAUAUUUAUCGUUUGAUUAGUGAAUGCACAAUUGAAGAGAAUAUCUUAAAAAAGGCAAAACAGAAACGGGCUCUUGAUGAUUUGGUGAUUCAGAGUGGGGAGUAUAACACUGAGUUUUUCAAGAAACUUGAUCCAAUGGAAUUGUUUUCAGGCCACGGAACGGUCUCUGUAAACAACAUGCAGAAAGACAAAACUUUGAUUAAUGGGGCUGAUGUCAAUCCCCCAGUAUCCAAUGCUGACGUUGAGGCUGCUUUGAAGCAUGCAGAAGAUGAAGCGGAUUACAUGGCGUUAAAAAAAGUCGAGCAGGAAGAGGCCGUUGAAAACCAAGAAUUUACAGAAGAACCCACUGGGAGAUUGGAAGAUGAUGAGCUUUUGAAUGAUGAAGAUGGUGAUCAUGCUGGAUUAGUCACUGAAAACCCACAAACACCAAAAUGGAGCGAACCGAAUGAAGAAGCGGGUAUGAGUUUGGUUAAUAUUGACGAUGAUGAUGUGGACAUGAUGGAUGAUGUCAAACAGAUGGCUGCAGCUGCUGCUGCUUCGGGUCAGGAGAUUUCAUCAUUUGAGAAUCAACUUCGGCCAAUUGAUCGAUACGCUGUACGGUUUCUUGAGCUGUGGGACCCGAUCAUUGACAAUGCAUUGAUAGAGGUACAGGAUCGGUUUGAGGAAGCGGAAUGGGAGUUGGAUCAUAUCGAGAAGUUGAAGGAUGAUAUGGAAGCAGAGAUUGAUGAUGACGAGGAACCUUUAGUUUAUGAAAGCUGGGAUACAGAGUUUGCAACUAAGGCAUACCAAGAGCAAGUUAAAGUAUUGACUGAACAUCAGUUGAUGGAAGACCGUGAAAGGGAAGCUAGAGAGAAGCUUGCUAGAGAAAAGGAAUUGGCUAGAGAGAAGGAGCUAGCUGAGUAUGAGGCAAUGAGGAUUGAAACUAUUGUUAAGAAACCCAAGUCGAAGAAAAAGGCAAAGAAAACAAAGUUCAAAUCUCUGAAAGAAGAAGCUUUAUCUUAUGACUCAAAGACUACAAAUGUAGUGUCACCAAUAGAAUUUGAUGAUGAUUUUGAUGACGAGUUGAUGUUUGUGAAGAAACGCAAAAAACCAAUAGAGGAAAGUGAAGUCAAGAUAUCCAAGAAAUCUAAAAAGAGCAAGAAGAAUACUGAACCACGCUUAUUAGAUUUUGAUUCAAAUUCUAUACCUGAGCAGCAAGAUGAACCAAAAGAUUUGAAAUUAAGUGGAACUAGUUUCAAUCUUGAAGUGGAACAAAAGACAAACAACAGAAGCAAAAUGGGAAUAAAAAUAUCAGUCAUUUCAAUGCCUGUGAAACGGGUAAUGACCAUAAGGCUUGAGAAGCUAAAGAAGGGAAGUAUAUGGCCUAAUGAUUGUUUUCCGACACCUGAUUCUUGGUUAUCAUCAGAGGACGCGUUGCUUUGUGCUGUUGUACAUGAAUAUGGUAUAAACUGGAGUUUGGCAAGUGAUGUAUUGUAUGGAAUGACAGCUGGUGGGUUGUAUAGGGGAAUUGUCCGGCAUCCUGUUCAUUGCUGUGAGAGGUAUCGGGAGCUUGUUCAAAGAUACGUGCUGUCAAAUUCUGAAAAUCUUCAUAACGAAAAAUCAAGUGGCAAAGCUCUUCUUAGAGUAAGCGAGGAGCAUGCGAAAACAUUGUUGGAUAUUGUGUCGGAACAGCUGGAUCAAGAUUACACCCUUCAAAAACAUUUUGCUCACCUUCUUGCAUCCGUGUGGAGGUCAACCUCUCAUUAUGGUCACCAGAAAAACCCAUUUCAUCCAAGAAGUGGAAGGUUUCGGAACUAUGCGCUUCGAGACUCCAUGAGACCGCAGUCACAAAAUAUGCACUUCACUAACCUAAGCCCGAUGAGAAGAUUAGUAGCCGAUGCUCUCGAUAGUUCUGAGAAUAUACCGAGAGAGGAAAGAGUUUCCACUUUUAGUGAACGACAUGAUUCUCGAAAUUUUGGAAAUCUUGCCAUAACUUUAGAGUUUCCUUCACGGAGGGAUGAUGAUGAAAGUAUUCCAUUGCCAUCGGUCAUACCUGUGUCAAUAGCUGACUCGGAAUCAGUGCCAUCUGAACACAUACCCAUGGCCGAUAGUCAUCAUUUUAGGUCAUCUAAGGAUACUGUUGAAUGGCGUUUCAGGGAUGCAUCAAGAGUUGCUGUUGAUGGCAGUGUAAGUUUGCUGACAUCAGCACUCUCACCAGCCGAAGUCAAGUCCCGUCCACCUAAAUCUCAAACUCCGGGAAAGCAAAGGCUUCAAAAUUCUGAACUACCAUCGAAGUCGUCUAAAUCCAAAUUAAGGAAAACUGUUGUGGAUUCCACCGAAGUACUUUCUCUACUUCGUAACCCCAAUUUGCAUCCACCCCCAAUGCUGCCCAUAGAUUUGACUUCGAGAUUUGAUAUGGUAUCUUCUAUUCCCGGUGUCGUGCUGGAUGAUUUUUUAAGUACAUCUUUGUUGGAAAUGGGCAACGAGACCUUUGAUAUAGUACCUCAUGUUUAUGACCCUGGUUUCACUUCGGGACUUGAAGAUUGUUCGCUAUCUCGGGAGUUAACUGACAUUGGAUAAGGUUGAAUUUUCAGUGUUAAUGCGUUUGGUUUGAAAUUAACUGGGCCAGUGCAUUUUGAUCAUACCCCAUGUCGUGUAUUAUUGAAUGCGCAGAUAUUUCAUUUCAAGAAAGAACAUCACUAACUUGCUGUAUCAGGAAAGCCGAGAUGGGGUUUGCACGGGAUUCUUGGAAGAUACAACAUUCUGCACAUAAAUAUGUAACAUUGUAUAGCAUGUGGCCCGUCAACUUUGUAACUUUUUCCGGUUGUUGGGUGGGAAUCGUGCUAUUUAGUUUUCAGUUAUUCGGUUAAAAAUGAAUCAUUUUAGGCACAAUUCCCCUCAUAGUGUAGGAUUAGAAACAGGAAAUUAGUCUUUGAUGAAUGAAAAAAGCAAUUUACUCUUUC